AUGGACGCGGUGGCGGAGCUGGGGCCGGCGGACGUGGCGGCCGAGAAGGGGCCGGCGAAUGCGGUGGCCGAGACAGAGACGCAGCUGCCGCCCGGGUGUCCGGCGCCAUCCGAGCCCACCCCAAGUGCGCCGAGCGCGGGGCGAGUGACCGCGUGGCAGUUUUCGGAGGCCCCGAGCCCCCCGGGGGAGUCUCGCAGGGGACCCAGCGCCCAGCUGCCGCCCAGCCAACCCGCCGAACCUCUCCCGGUCAUGCUUGGGAGCACCCGGGAGGUGAUUGGGCGGCUGGAGGCGGCCGUAGCGGAGGAGAUCGCGCAGCGAGAGGCGGAGCGCGCCGCUCUGGCCACGGAAAGAGCGCAGCUUGCGGCGGCGCGCGCUGCCAAUGAGGACGAGCGGCACACCACGCAGGAGGGCCGGAAGGCCUUGGAGGAGGCCCGCGCGGAGGUCGCGCGGGAGCGGAAGGCUUUGGAGGACACCCACACGGAGAAUAGCUAUCCUUCUUUAUGA